AUGGAUCAUUACAUCUAUAGAAUGCAACAAGGAAAGCGAGGAACACAAGCACAUGCAAAGCCAAAAGCAAAGGUAGACUGAAACAUUUCUAGUUUACAAGCGACGCUGUCAUUUGCCCUUUGAUUACUUAUGGCAGCGCUGGUCUGCAGGGCGAAAAUUCGCGGGCGCGAUUUCCUAGACCGGACCAGUACUCAGGGUCAGUUUAGUAAAGAUAGCGUCAAGAUAGUGAUCGCGUCGCAUUAUUUGUUCAGUAACGUUGAUUUUUUUGGUGAAAUCCGUUUGAAAAAUCUCUUGAUUUUAAAAGACUGAGAUUUUGCCUUUUUUUCUUGUCGCAGAUGAGGACAUCAACGCCAAAGAAACCAGCGUUCUCCAGCAGCCAUCUGCCCGUGGUAAACUCGGAGUUAUUUGAAGCUCAUCCCACUUCAGACCACGACUCAGCAGAGGAAGAUAAUGAUUAUUACUUCUCUGAUGAAUAG